CUCGACCAAGUACCUCCACACUCCCAAGCUCGACCAUCCCCCCCGAGCUGUCUGAUAUUCGAUUCUUCUUCUGAAGAAUUUAAAAUCGCCUCUUUCUAUAGCGACAGCAGCUGUGAUACCAAAUCAAUCAAGCUCCAUGGCGUCUCCCGAGCAGAUUCCCGGGCAGGAAUACGACUAUGAAGCCCUCCCCUCGAACUACGGCUUAGGCCGGAAUAUGCUGGCUGGCGCUUUUGCAGGAAUAGCAGAACACUCUGUUAUGUAUCCGGUCGACUUGCUGAAGACACGCAUGCAAAUCCUGCAUCCCUCGAACGGCGGGCUCUACACAGGCUUGACUAAUGCGGUUUCGACCAUCUACCGGAUUGAAGGCUGGAGGACGCUAUGGAAGGGCGUCUCGAGUGUUAUUGUUGGUGCUGGUCCGGCUCAUGCCGUUUACUUUGGUACAUACGAGGUUGUUAAGGAGAUGGCCGGUGGAAACGUGGACGAUGGGCAUCACCCCGUAGCAGCUGCGCUGAGCGGUGCGUCCGCAACCAUUGCUAGCGACGCCUUGAUGAACCCCUUCGAUGUCAUCAAGCAACGCAUGCAGGUCCAUGGCUCGGUACACAAGAGUAUCCUUCAAUGCGCCCGCUCCGUCUACAAGACAGAGGGUCUCCAGGCGUUCUACGUAUCCUAUCCCACUACGCUUUGCAUGACGGUGCCUUUCACCGCCACUCAGUUUGUCGCCUACGAGUCCAUCUCCAAGGUCAUGAACCCGUCGCAGGAUUACGACCCGUUCACGCACUGCAUGGCGGGAGGUCUGGCGGGUGCAUUCGCCGCCGGUAUCACCACCCCGCUUGACGUUGUAAAGACGCUGCUGCAGACCCGAGGGCUGGCCCAGAACGAGGAGAUCCGGUCGGCCAAGGGUCUGUUCAACGCUGCGGCCAUUAUCAAGCGGCAGUUUGGCUGGAAGGGAUUCCUGCGUGGCGCUCGCCCCCGCAUUAUUUCUACCAUGCCCAGCACUGCCAUUUGCUGGACCUCGUAUGAGAUGGCCAAGGCCUACUUCAAGGGCCAGGUGGACAGCUAGAUGCAAGCACGGCUUUAGCUAACGACCCGAUCGCAUGAAUCCGACACAAUCCAGCUCAGCGACCCUUUUUGACCUCUGGUUCCGACCUGACUCGUCCGCGGACCCAAGAAAAAAAAGACCCAUUCCCCAAGAAACCAUUAGUCACAUGAAUAGGAAGAAAGCCCGACGAAAAGCAAAACCGAAAAAAGAAAAGAAACGAAACGAAAGAAAAAAGAUAGUCUUGUUGAACAAGCAGUCAAAAACAGAACAAAACAAAAUCUUCGUCCUUUGCGAGCAUCACGUGCGCAGGA